UAUUAUUAGUAAUCAAAAACUGGUUAUUAUCAACUAGGCCGUUUUAAAGCGCAGGAAAAUCGGGCGAUUGUCCAGAUCAAUAAAUUUUGUAAGAGCAUCACUUCAACAUAAGUAGCGUAUUGUCAUAAAUCAAACAUUACUAGAGAGUGCAUGUUAUAUCUUGAUUUUAUUAUUUAAAUAAUAGUAGUAGGGAUUAGUUAAAGCACAGGAUAAGAUGAAUCAAACAUUUAUAAAAGACUAUAUUUAUUGCACGGACUUUCGAUAAAUAUCGUUAGAAUUGUUUAAAAAAUCUUUGCAACAUAUUCCGUUUUGAUCAAUGUGUUGUUAUAAUACUUGAAGACAUUGACAAAAUAUCACUUAAAAUAAUGUUGUUAGAAAUAACUUCCAUGGUAAAUACUACCUAUAUUUUAGUGUUUUUAACACUGAUAGUGAUAACUUUAUAUGAAUUAUUAACCAACUACAAAAAUAUAAUACUGGGUAAUGUAAUACCCAGUAUAAAAGGGCAUUUUUUUGGAAUAAUACAAGUUUAUAUUGAAGGACCAGAAAAAUAUCUUCCCAAUAUGUUGAAAAUUGGUCAAGCUUCUCAAUUUUCGACUUGUAAAUCAUGGAUGUUAAAUCAUUUAUUCGUUUAUAUUUUUGAUCCUGAAGAAAUAAAAGAAGUCCUGAAUAAUCCUGAAAUUUUCAAAAAAUCAAAAGACUAUGUAAUAAUUAAGGAUUCUAUAUUCGGAAAUGGAUUAUUUACUGAACAAGAUAUUACUUUAUGGAGAAAGUACAGAAAGAAGGCUGUAGAUGCAUUAAAAAUUUCGUUUGUUAAGCUGUUUAUACCAAUAUUUUUUGAAGAAACUUUGAUCUUAGGCCAAAUAUUAAUGAAAAAACGAGAUGUUAAUUCUUAUAAUUGUGAAAUAAGCGAAGCAAUCAAUAAUGCAACAAUGGAUAUUUUUGGACGAACAACUAUAGGAGAAAAUUUUAGUGCUCAGAAAAAUUCAAGACACGUGUUUUUAGAAAAUGCAAAAGUCAUAAAAAAUGUGUGGUCAUAUAGAAUAUUUAAUCCCUGGUUUAUCUCUCCAAUAUUAUUCCGCAUGUCUAAGUGGAAAAAAAAACACGAUGCAAGCACACGUAAAAUACAGAAAUUUACCGAUGAUUUAGUGACUAAACAAAAUCAAAUACUAGACAAUAACUUAAAUAUCAAAAAUAUUGAAGGAAGUCAUGACGAUGAAAAAAAUCAUAAAACAUUAAUUAAAUUCUUAUUAGAGAAUAAUGAUAUGUUAUCUUAUGAGCAAAUUCGAGAUAACGUUAUAAAUGCAAUAUUUGCGGGACAAGAUACGACCUCUAUAGGGAUUGCGUGCUCAUUGUUUAUGUUGGCUCAUCAUCAGGACGUACAAAAUAAAUUGGUUGAAGAGUUAAAUGAAAUAUAUUCCAGUGAUGAUUCAUGUAAGUUUCCAUCUUAUGAAGAUCUAUGUAAGAUGAAAUAUUUAGAAUGUAUUAUUAAAGAAACUCUAAGACUAUACCCUCCAAUUCCUUACAUAGGAAGAGAAGUUUCAAAACAAACAAAAAUAGGAAAAUAUAUAAUCCCAAAAGGUUCCACAGUUUCUAUUUUACCAACUAUUGUGCAUUUAAAUCCACAAUUAUACCUAGACCCAGAAAAAUUCAAUCCAGAUAAUUUUUUACCUGAUGUCUGUCAUAAGCGUCAUCCUUAUUCAUUUAUUCCAUUUAGUGGAGGUUUUAGAAACUGUGCUGGUAUAAAAUACUCAAUGGUUCAAAUGAAAACAAUUAUAUCUACACUUGUCAGAUUUUAUCAUUUUUCUCCUUCUGAUAAUUGUCCUACACCAGAUAAACUUCAAACAGCUUUUGCGGGUUUAUUAAUUUUUGUCGAUGGCUGUUACGUGAAAAUAAAGCACAGGAAGUUAUAGUUGUAUCAAAAUUUACAUGUCUAUUUUAUUUUAAUUAAUGAUUUUUUCAUUUUUAAAAUAAUUAAAAAUUUUUUUUUGUUAUUUAUAAAUGUUUAAAACAAAAUAAAAUAAAAAUAAUUCUUAAAUAAAUUUAAUAUAAUUUGA